AUGCUCAUCGGCCACCAGAAGUGGGCUUGUGAAGCUUGCAUUCGAGGUCACCGAGUGACUAGUUGCAACCAUCAUGAUCGACCGUUGAUACGCAUCAAGCGCAAGGGCCGCCCCUUCGCAACCUGCUCAAUCUGCAACGCCACGCCCUGCGAGACUCCAACAGAACAUGUGCGACUUAAGCGCGAAGCGGAGCUCGAAUCUCCAUCAUCAAAAAAAUCAACCCACGCCAGACUAUACCCGCGCCAUCACAGCUGCAAGCGCUUCCUCCCCAUCGCGCCUCGACUCUCGGGCAGUAGCGGUACCGCUAAAGAUACGCCCGGCACUUCUUCGUCGGCCCGUGUCUCGCGCUCCGGGUCGACCUCUGCGGCUUCGGUGUCGUCGUUCCAGACCCCCGUUCGCGGUUGGCAAUCUUCUUCGCGCCGCACCAUGGUCCGUGGCAGUGUGGGUAAGUGGCCGGGUUCGGAGGGCUCGGGGAAUGAGCCCUGUGGCAGCAGUUAUGCCCUUCUUUCUACAUCGUCGCCGAUAGCCGGCCUUUCCGUCUCAGCUGGGCCAAGUCGCGCUGGAUCGAGUCAGAGUAUCUCGCACUCGGGGCCAGAUACCGUGAUAUUAGACCCAGCUAUGGGGGGAGAUAUAAUCGACACGAUAUAUUCCCUCAUUCCGUCUUCGUCUGUGACAGGAGCUAGUCUAGUGCAGAAUGCGCCAGUGAUCACCCUGCUAGAGGGUACUAAUCCUUUUGAUUUCCCACUGGAUCUGGGGCAAAGACACGAUAAUGGCACUCUGGAAUAUCUGGAUGAUAUGGAUUUGACCGAAGGGAUCACAGCUGAGGUUUUCCACGUGGAGGGUUGGUCAAAUUAUAUGUGGUCACCAGAGACUGGGUUUGAGCAAGUAAACACAGGCUACCUUGCCGUGUCCCAAUAA